AUGACAGCCAUGGUUUUGUCCAUGACAAUAGGCUCCGUCAUGAUGGCCGCCUGCCAAAAUGUUGAGACCUACUGCGCGGCGCAAGUCUUUUAUUUCGUUGGCUUCUUCGGUAUUCAGUUCAGCUUUACGAUCCUUAUUGCGGACGCCUUGCCCCUCCGUCACCGAACAUUUGUCAUGGGUGUAACUUCGACUCCAUCCAUCUUGUCAGUUUGGGCUUCUGGCCCAGCCGCGCAACAUAUCCUGGAAACCAUAGGGUAUAGAUGGGGUUUCGGAUGCUGGUCCAUUGUUGUCCCAAUAUGUUCUACACCUCUUUUGUUCUUGAUGUUCAAGUACGACAAGCAAGCACGGAAAGCUGGUUUGAUUAAAAUGCCUGCAGCCAACAAGACAAUGCGUGAAUCAGCCCUUUAUCAUUGUAAAGAGUUUGAUGUCAUUGGGCUGACUAUGCUCGGCUCUGGCCUUUGCCUUGUUCUUCUAGCCAUCAGCAUCUACUCAUAUCAGCCCGGCGGCUGGAAAUCACCCUUGAUAAUUUCCUUUAUUGCGGUUGGCUUUCUCUUGCUUGCCGGCUUUUUGACUUAUGAGAAGUAUCUUGCUCCGGCAACAUUCCUCCCAUGGCAGCUUAUUAAGGAGCCGACUGUCGUCUUCACCAACUUGGCAACAGCUUCAUUUUAUAUCUCAAGUUCUCUGGGCUCGGCAUACAUAUAUUCAAUGCUCAUCGUCAGCUUCAACCAAUCCGUAACAAAUGCUACCUACAUCAACAACAUCGACAUGGUCGGAGCCUCUAUCGCAAAUGUUUUGCUUGGGGUGGCCGUUCAAUAUAACUGUGGGCGAAACCAGCACAGAACGCUCAGAAUGGGAAAAGUGGUGUUGUUGGUUGGAAGAACUAACUAA